AUGUAUUAAAUAUGCUCUACAAUAGGUUUAUUAUAAUUAUCAUAUUAAGCAUAUAAUUUCAUUGAUUACGUUAAUAGAUAUUAUUUCACUACCCCAAUACCUUUAAAAGACUAAUUUCCUCAAAAAUAUGCACUUAUAACCGGUGGAACACAAGGAUUAGGCUACGGUUAUGCCGAAGAAUUAGCUAGAAGAGGAUAUAAUAUAAUAUUAGCAUCCCGAAGCGAAGACUAAAUUCAAAAAACUAUAACUGACUAAAAUCAAAUAAUAUGA